UCUAUAUAUAUACUAUUGCUCAUAGUAUUCACACAUUCUUCUCCUAAGCACGCACACAACACAGGUCUACAACAUCUGUAGUUCAUCACAUUCCCUUGCACGGUUGCACUGCACCUUCUAUCAUAGGCACAUUCACUGCAGGUCAACAAGGCCGCAGCAGAUCGAUCUCCAUGGACAUGGACAUGAGCUCAGCUUAUCCCCACCACUGGCUCUCCUUCUCCCUCUCCAACAACUACCACCAUGGCCUUCUUGAGGCCUUCUCCAACUCCUCCUCCGCUGCUCCACUCGGAGACGAGCAGGGUACAGUGGAGGAGUCCCCGAAGAUGGUGGAGGACUUCCUCGGCGGCGUCGGUGGCGCGGGCGCCCCACCGGCGGCGGCGACGGCUGCAGAGGAUCACCAGCUUGUCUGCGGCGAGCUGGGCAGCAUCACGGCCGGGUUCUUGCGCCACUACCCGGCGCCUGGGACGACGGUGGAGAACCCCGGCGCGGUGACCGUGGCGGCGAUGUCGACGGACGUGGCGGAGUCCGACCAGGCGAGGCGCCCCGCCGAGACGUUCGGGCAGCGCACAUCAAUCUACCGUGGUGUCACCAGGCACCGGUGGACAGGGAGAUACGAGGCGCACCUGUGGGACAACAGCUGCCGCCGGGAAGGCCAAAGCCGCAAAGGUCGCCAAGUCUACUUAGGAGGCUAUGAUAAGGAGGAGAAGGCGGCUAGAGCUUACGACCUCGCCGCACUCAAGUACUGGGGUGCUACAACCACGACCAACUUCCCGGUGUCCAACUACGAGAAGGAGCUGGAGGAGAUGAAGUCGAUGACGCGGCAGGAGUUCAUCGCGUCGUUGCGCAGGAAGAGCAGCGGCUUCUCGCGAGGUGCCUCCAUCUACAGAGGAGUCACAAGGCAUCAUCAGCAUGGCCGGUGGCAGGCAAGGAUCGGCAGGGUGGCCGGAAACAAGGACCUGUACUUGGGCACGUUCAGUACUCAGGAGGAAGCAGCGGAGGCAUACGACAUUGCUGCGAUCAAGUUCCGCGGGCUCAAUGCCGUGACCAACUUCGACAUGAGCCGCUACGACGUGGACAGCAUCCUCAACAGCGACCUCCCCGUUGGGGGCGGAGCGGCCGGACGCGCCUCCAAGUUCCCACUGGACUCACUGCAGCCAGGGAGCGCUGCUGCGAUGAUCGCCGGAGCUGCGUCACAGGCCAUGCCGCCGUCCGAGAAGGACUACUGGUCUCUGCUCGCCCUUCACUACCAGCAGCAGCAGCAGCAGCAGCAGUUUCCGGCUUCUGCUUACGAGGCUUACGGCUCCGGCGUGAACGUGGACUUCACGAUGGGCACCAGCAGCCACAGCAGCAGCAACACCGGCAGUGGCGUCAUGUGGGGCACCACUACGGGUGCAAUGGGACAGCAAGACAGCAGCAGCAGCAAGCAGGGCAACGGCUAUGCCAGCAACAUUCCUUAUGCUGCUGCUGCUGCUGCUAUGGUUUCUGGAUCAGCUGGCUACGAGGGCUCCACCGGAAACAAUGGAACCUGGGUUACCAGUAGCACUAGCACCAGCACGGCUCCCCAGUACUACAACUAUCUGUUCGGGAUGGAGUAGGUGCACUGACAAGCUAGCUAGCUGAAAUCAGGUGAUAGGCCUAGGAAGCUAGGACUGACAUUGAACUGAUCACAAUUUUGGCUGCUACAUAUGCCCAUGUAUGGGUAUGGCUGGGGUGCAUCCUUCUGCUAUUCAUGAUAUUUCCUGACUUACUGUAGCAGAGAGCUCAUUUACCAUCAACAUUUCUAAAUUCUAAUUCAAGCUCGUUUUAAGCUAUAUU